GUGACGUCAGAGCAGGAAGUGUUUGAGGAAGUCGUGCGGGGCUGACUGGUUCGAGGUCCCCCAAUUUUAAUGUGGUCAGGGGGGUGUCACAGCCCCCCGUCCUGCCGCCCCAGCCCCCGCUUCCCCCACCCCGGGGAGCCCGACUCCCGCCCCGCGUCCCCGCCGACAGAGUUAGCACGGCAUCAGUAUGAGCUGGUCACCUUCCCUGCCAACCCAGACAUGUGGGCCGUGGGAAAUGAAAGAACGACUUGGGACAGGAGGAUUUGGAAACGUCAUCCGAUGGCACAAUCAGGAAACAGGGGAGCAGAUUGCCAUUAAGCAGUGCCGGCAGGAGCUCAGCCCCCGGAACCGUGAGCGCUGGUGCCUGGAGAUCCAGAUCAUGAGGAGGCUGAACCACCCCAAUGUGGUAGCUGCCCGGGAUGUCCCCGAGGGGAUGCAGAACUUGGCCCCCAAUGACUUGCCCCUGCUGGCCAUGGAGUACUGCCAAGGAGGGGACCUCCGAAAGUACCUGAACCAGUUUGAGAACUGCUGCGGCCUCCGGGAAGGCGCCAUCCUCACCCUGCUGAGCGACAUUGCCUCUGCACUUAGAUACCUUCAUGAAAACAGAAUCAUCCAUCGGGACCUGAAGCCAGAAAACAUCGUUCUGCAGCAAGGAGAGCAAAGAUUAAUACACAAAAUUAUUGACCUAGGAUAUGCCAAGGAGCUGGAUCAGGGCAGUCUCUGUACUUCCUUUGUGGGGACCCUGCAAUACCUGGCCCCAGAGCUGCUGGAGCAGCAGAAGUACACGGUGACUGUCGACUACUGGAGUUUCGGCACCCUGGCCUUUGAGUGCAUCACUGGCUUCCGCCCCUUCCUCCCCAACUGGCAGCCUGUGCAGUGGCACUCGAAGGUCCGGCAGAAGAGUGAGAUGGACAUUGUCGUCAGUGAAGACUUGAACGGAGCGGUGAAGUUUUCAAGCUCCCUGCCCUACCCCAACAACCUUAACAGUGUCCUGGCACAGCGGCUGGAGAAGUGGCUGCAGCUGAUGCUGAUGUGGCAACCCCGACAGCGGGGCACAGACCCCACGUACGGGCCCAACGGCUGCUUCAAGGCCCUGGAUGACAUCUUAAACCUGAAGUUGGUUCACAUCUUGAACAUGGUCACGGGCACCAUUCACACCUACCCAGUGACAGAAGAUGAAAGUCUGCAGAGCUUAAAGGCCAGAAUCGAGCAGGACACGGGGAUCCCAGAGAAGGACCAGGAGCUGCUGCAGGAAGCGGGUCUGGCGCUGAUCCCAGACAAGCCGGCCACACAGUGCAUUUCAGACAGCAAGUUAAAUGAGGGCCGCACACUGGACAUGGAUCUUGUUUUUCUCUUCGACAACAGUAAAAUCACCUAUGAGACUCAGAUCUCCCCACGGCCCCAGCCUGAAAGCGUCAGCUGUAUCCUUCAAGAGCCCAAGAGGAAUCUCCCUUUCUUCCAGCUGAGGAAGGUGUGGGGCCAGGUCUGGCACAGCGUCCAGGCCCUGAAGGAGGACUGCAACCGGCUGCAGCAGGGACAGCGUGCGGCCAUGAUGAAUCUGCUCCGGAACAACAGCUGCCUGUCCAAGAUGAAGAACUCCAUGGCCUCCAUGUCGCAGCAGCUCAAGGCCAAGCUGGAUUUCUUUAAAACCAGCAUCCAGAUUGACCUGGAGAAGUACAGUGAGCAGACUGAGUUUGGGAUCACCUCAGAUAAACUGCUGCUGGCCUGGAGAGAAAUGGAGCAGGCCGUGGAGCUCUGUGGGCGAGAGGAUGACGUGAAGCAGCUGGUGGAGCGGAUGAUGGCGCUGCAGACUGACAUCGUGGACCUGCAGCGCAGCCCCAUGGGCCGGAAGCCGGGGGGCACGCUGGACGACCUAGAAGAGCAAGCAAGAGAGCUUUACCGGAGACUCAGGGAAAAGCCGAGAGACCAGCGAACCGAUGGUGACAGUCAGGAAAUGGUGCGGCUGCUGCUUCAGGCCAUUCAAGGCUUUGAAAAGAAAGUGCGAGUGAUCUACACGCAGCUCAGUAAAACCGUGGUUUGCAAGCAGAAGGCCCUGGAGUUGCUGCCCAAGGUGGAGGAGGUGGUGAGCUUGAUGAACGAGGAUGAGAAGACGGUUGUUCGGCUCCAGGAGAAGCGGCAGAAGGAACUCUGGAAUCUCCUGAAGAUCGCCUGUAGCAAGGUCCGAGGUCCUGUCAGUGGCAGCCCAGAUAGCAUGAACGCUUCUCGACUGAGCCACCCCAGUCAGCUGAUGUCUCAGCCUUCUGCAGCCCCCGACACCCCGGACAGUUUUCCUGAGUCAGCCAAGAAAAGUGAGGAGCUGGUGGCUGAAGCUCACACCCUCUGCACCCAGCUAGAGAGUGCCGUGCAGGACACCGUGAGAGGGCAGGACCAGAGUUUCAUGACCCUCGACUGGAGCUGGUUACAGACGGAGGACGAGGAGCAGAGCGGUGGGGAGCAGGCGGCGUGAUGAGGGCGGUCUUGACCCUUGACGCGGGGCUCACAGUGAUGCCUUCUGCAGUGAUUCCUCACGGACUUGGGCAUCCAAACAGAGCCCUCACUUCUCCAGCCUCUGUGACCUUCACCCUAAGCCCAGGGCGUGGCCCUCAGCAGCCACCACGUAGUCUACACGCUGGGAAUCUCCAUCACAGGCCCAGUGCAUGGUGAUGCCGGUCGCGAGAGCUCAGGGAGCAGCCACAGAGCUGCUUCCUCCAUUGUGACAAAGUGCUUGAUGUGCGAUUUGCCACAGAGAAGGCUGGGCAGAUACCUGACUCAGGUGCUGAGGACAGAGUCUAUAUAGCACUUGAUGCCAGCCCAUCCUCUCUAAUCUCCAGAGGCCCCAGCCACCCCACCACCCUCACCAUGCAGCUGUGUUCAGAGUCUUGGCCUGGCCCCAUCCUCUCUCCCUCUUUUCACGGCUACAAGUUGACUGUCAAGCUGCCCCAUCUGCUGUCCUUUCAGCCACAGUGACUCACUGUAGCCUGGAUAGAAGAGCAGCUACCUCCUUUUUAGUCCCAAAGAUUAUCUGCAGUGAGUUGUCAUGUAGAAGGCAGCAGGAAGGAAAGGGGUCUGCAGAGACUGGCCGCUGACCACUGUGCUCAUCUCCGUUCUUACCCAGACGCACCCACUAGGGGGGAUGGGGUGUCCUGUCUCUCCCUCAUCUAGCAGUGUUAGUAAACGGAUUUAUUUUUUAAACAGUUUCUGUAUUUUGUUAACAAAAUGAUUCCAACACUUAUACCAGGUUCCCCUGUCCACUUAAUUUGCCAUCCCUACAGUUAGGACUUCCAAACUAAAGUCGUGGAAAUUUUUAUAAAAUUCAAAAGUGCCUGGGUCAUUAGCAGCGCAGUGCUGCUUCAACAUUUUGCACAACUUCUGUUCUCUAUAAAAGCACGAGUGAAAAGGGAGUUUGGAAGAUCACACACGGACGAGCUUGGUUGGGAAAGAAAGUUGGAACAGGGGAAGCUCACCAGGUGGUUUCCGUGGAGAUGGUGUGACAUGUUCUGUGGUCAAGUAUGAUUAAGAAACAUUCGUGUUUUAAUUGCUUUUUGGAAAUCUGCCUUGUACUCCGGUAAAAUACCUGAAAAGUCUCAUAAUAAAGAAACUGACUUAAACUUUGUCUAAA